AUGGGUCUUCCGGAUUUCUUGAAGUUUGUCGCGCGUGCAUCGCCAGCUGCGCUGUGUCGAAUCCCAAAAGGUGGUGGCGUGGCGACACUGUGCUUUGACUUUGUCCUUAUUGAUGCCACAAACGCCCAUCAAACCAUCGGGCUCGAAACACUGGCGGAGUUCCUGAAACAACCGCAGCUGCAGGUGAGACGAGCGAUCAUCUUUGCCAUGGAUGCGCAGCGGCACCGCGCUGGAACGUCACGGAGCCACCGCACUCACACAACGGUAAUUGACGCAGAUGUUGCUAUCCAACAGCUAUGUUGUGAGUUGGAACGGCACUACAGGCAGCGUCCAGGCGGUGCAUCGCUGCAAAUCCUCAUCAGUGGUCGGCAGGUCGCUGGAGAGGCGGACUACAAGAUACUUGAUAUGCAGAGGCAGCUUGUCACUCAAGCACUCGCCGCUGGUGCAGAGGUGCCGACGUUUUGCCUCAUCUCUGAGGACUCGGACGUGCUCUGUGGGGCCCUCUGUGGGCCAGCGCCGCACACCGUGUCGAUUGCAACAAAGCUCCACGACACAAUGUUUGAGAUGUGUGUUUUGCGCUUGACGCACGUCUUGGCAUACAUCGCAGUGUGUGUGGAGGCGCUUAGCGGCGAGAAUGAAGAAGCGACGGGGCCGCCGCUCGAUACCAACACGCCAAUAUCAAAAAGUGAACAGGAAAAACUGGAUGUGGUGGCGGUGGAGGAGGGAGAGGAGGAAGAGGAUGUGGUUCGCCGCAAAAAGCAGGACGGCCCUAUGGUGGCCACCGGUGCCUGUGUUGCGCUCAGCGAUUCUGAUAGCGACGGAGAGGAUGGUGAGGAAGCACCAGUGCAGACGCUUCCCACCUCUCCGCCUACCAUCACGGCACAACACAUCUCCACAGCAGAGAUUCUGCAGAACAGCUGCGUGGAUCUAGUAUUUCUCUUUGUCGUCGUCAUGGGCAACGGUGGUAAUGUUCCACCUGUUAUUCGCGGGGUGACAAAGGUGGACAUUCAGUCCUGUUGGAAGAUGUACUGCCAAAUGAAAUACAACACCGCUGAGCCUGGGCGCGAGAAGGAGAUGGGGCGUAGCCUGCUCUGUCUCCACGACGCGGUUGAACGUACUGAGCAGCAGUCAAAUAGGAUUGCCUCCGUUGUGGUUGACUGCUCGUUUUUGCGCGGUAUUCUAGAGGCAACACACUAUGCAGACACACAAUCACGCCCUCCCGUUGAAGAGGAAAAAGAGCGGGCUUUGCUGUUUCUCUCCCAGGCUGUCUAUACUACAAUGCGAUACAUAAUCGCAUGUAACCUUCAUCCCGGCGUCACACUGAAAGAUACGUUUCUAGACGCUCGGCCGCUGAUGGAGACGGAGGUCGCAGUGCCAAGUCUUGCUGCCUUUCUCUGGGUGCUGGGACAGUCAAGGAAAAAGACGUUGUACUUCCCAUUGGUUGGUUUGGCGACGGAGGGAGUACUUUCGAGUGCUCCAAAAGGAAUGUCAGCCGUUGAGGCAGCUGUGACGGCUGCACAAUCUCUUGGUAAACAGAACGAAAGUAAUGUGAUGCUGCAAUGUGAUGUGGCCAAUACACUUGUGACUUCGGGAGCUGGGACGUCACAUACUGUGCAAUUGCAAAGUCUUUUCCUCCAGAGGAUGCCAUCAAGUUCUCGGAAAGGUAUCGUGGCUUGCAUCAACGAUUACAUCGAGAGAAGUGCAGGGGCUGGCGAUGCCCCCACUGCACCAAGAUUGGCGCUUUUUUCUCGUCUUAUAGCGACGUGGCAGCGUACUGUAGCCCCGCACAUCUCGACGUUGGAAAACGUUGCGCGGCGUGAGCACUUUGUCUCUCCUUUUACUGGAACUGUUAUGGGUGGGGAUGUGGCGUCCACUUCCGCAGGCGGUGGGCCAUCGAACCGAUCCAAAGACGUCAAGAUGUCGUACAGCUUCGAGCUACGCCGUAUGGCUCCUGUACUAUCAAGCCACGACAAGACGCGUGCCGGUGCCUCCACACAGAAUUCAGCCCUCUUCCAUGCACUGCGCGUGUCGUAUGAUUAUGUGCAAGCACCUCCUCAGGCACUGUCAGCAAAUGCUGUCGAUCCCACUGCAUCCAUGCCCACCGUGGGGAGGAACAAGAAGAACAAGCCACACCUUCGGGGAGACCAAAGAGAGGCACCCGUGGCAACGACAGUAGCAGACGGUACUGAUGGUGACGACGACACGCAACCCCCCAAAAAGAGGACUAAGACUGUGCCAGCCUCAGAUGCCCCGAACACCAAUGAGAUGGAUGGAGAUCACCCAGGCAAGUACCGGCGUCCUGGUAAGAAGGAACGAGAAAAGUUGAAGCGGAAGUAUAAGAGCUGA